GCCUCCUGCUUUGGCCUCGCUCUUUUUCCUUCCUUUCGUCACUCCGGGUCGCUCUGACUUCACUGGUGCCACAGCCUGGCUGUGGAAGGCUUCAGGUGUUGCCCGUUGCUCUGUAGAGGUGACACAAGCUGUUUCUAUGUUCUUUCCUGGUGAAAGCCUCUUUGGAGUUCUGUGGCUGUCACUCGCAGAUCCUUUAAUUUCAGCAUUCUCUGAAUUUAACUAAUGUGAUCUUCAUCCCAUAUGUGGUAUUAUUAAUGAAACUCAGUAAAAGCAGACUAUUUGCUGAUCACUUUAGUAGCAGAUGAGUUUCCUUUCUCUAAACUUACUAGUUAGGAUCUUUUAUAAGCUUCACAGUUUUGAGUCUGCUUUGCAUCUAAGUUGAUACUUGGGAACGCUCACUCAUACUAUAGAAGAAUCCUACAGAAUUAUCUGUUCUUGAUGGCCUCUUAGGGUUCUGAGCUUUUUGCUCAGAACUUUGUACUUUUUCUUGGUAUUGUGUUACUGUUUUACUAGUGCCUGAAUCAGCUGCUAGCUCCAGAACUGUUUAGGGUUGGUUUGAAGUUCACACAGGUUAGCUCUGUGCCAUGAUAACCAUGGUCAUCUUCUCUUUCAGGGGAGCUCAUGGAACUGAUCCGGACUGAGGGCCAGCGGAUGACAGCAGCCCAGCCAUCGGAGACUACUGUGGGCAACAUGGUGCGGCGAGUGCUGAAGAUCAUUCGGGAGGAAUAUGGCAGGCUUCACGGGCGCAGUGAAGAAAGCGACCAGCAAGAAUCACUGCACAAACUUCUGACUUCUGGAGGACUGAGCGAGGACUUCAGCACCCAUUAUCCUCUCCUUAGAGCUAAUGUUAUUGAAGCUAUUAACGAGCUGCUAAUAGAGCUAGAGGGCACCACCGAUAACAUUGCCAUGCAGGCGCUGGAGCACAUCCACUCCAAUGAGGUGAUUAUGACCAUUGGCUACUCGCGUACCGUUGAGGCCUUCCUGAAGGAAGCUGCCCGCAAGCGGAAGUUCCAGGUCAUCGUGGCAGAGUGUGCACCUUUCUGUCAGGGUCAUGAAAUGGCUGUCCGACUUUCUAAAGAGAAUAUUGAAACUACCGUCAUGAGUGAUGCAGCUAUUUUUGCUGUCAUGUCUCGAGUCAACAAGGUGAUCAUCGGUACAAAGACAAUUCUGGCCAACGGCGCGCUGAUUGCUGUGAGUGGGACUCACACUCUGGCACUGGCAGCUAAACACCACUCUACUCCACUCAUAGUGUGUGCCCCUAUGUUCAAGCUUUCACCGCAGUUUCCUAAUGAAGAAGAUUCAUUCCACAAGUUUGUGUCACCUCAAGAAGUGCUGCCAUUCACAGAAGGGGAUAUCCUGGCAAAGAUCAAUGUUCACUGCCCAGUGUUUGACUACGUCCCUCCAGAGCUCAUUACUCUCUUCAUUUCUAACAUUGGGGGUAAUGCGCCUUCCUAUAUCUACCGCCUCAUGAGUGAGCUCUACCAUCCAGAUGACUAUGAACUGUGAACUCUAAUGCCUUGAAGCAAGUCACUGUCCAGACUUUUCCUACCUUGAGAAAGAUACAACAGCUAAUUAAAGCAUGUGUUGCAAAGAUGGGCUGCCAUUCAUCAGAGGGAAAUUUGCUCAGUGUAAUGUCUUUCCUACCCAAAAACAACAGAAAGCAGAGCUCUUGCACAGGUCUUGAUCCCUCUGCUGUGUUAUGAGCCACGUGGAGCUGCUAAUCCACUUUGCCUUUGAACCAGCAAGGCAUACAUGUAAUUUUCUGCAGAAGCCAAGCUGUUAUUUCAGAGUGUGCUGCAAUAAAGGCUGUUUACGGUGA